GUACAAUCGUCUGUCCCCAUUAUUCGUUUUCAACAGGUUCCUUUAUUCCCCUCCCCAUUCUUCAUCGAUCCACGAUGUCGUCGAAACUCCCAUCAGUGACGUAUCGUUGCUGCCAUCUCGCAUCUCGGACGCAAAAACGCAGUCUCUCCUCCCAAUGCCUCCGGCUUUCCUCCACAAGCUCCGCAAAUCAGCAUAGACGAAGGAACAGCUUAGUAUCCUCAAAGUCCUCAAGAAGAUGGCAAUCGACGGAUGCAGCUGCCGCGCCUACGAAUCCUAAGAUAGCUGGGAUUGUCGAUCAAAUAUCACAAUUAACGUUGUUGGAGACCGCAGAUUUGGUCGCGAGCUUAAAGUCACGGCUUAACAUUCCCGAUAUGGCUUUUGCUGCUCCCGCUGCUGCCCCUGCUGGCGGUGCUGCGGCUGCAACUCCCGCUGCCGAAGCAGAGGCAGCAGAAGAAGCCGCGCCCGCCCCAGCCGAAAAGACGAUGUUCACACUGAAACUCGAUUCCUUCGAUGCGACCGCUAAGCCCAAGGUCAUCAAGGAAGUGAAGGGAUUGCUGGGUCUGAGUUUGGUGGAUUCCAAAAAGUUUGUGGAGAGCGCGCCCAAGGUGAUGAAGGAAGGUGUGCCCAAGGAGGAGGCGGAGAAAAUUGUCGCCGCCAUGAAGGCAUUGGGAGCUGUUGUUUCCAUGUCGUAGGGAUGAGGGGCGAAAAUAGCAGGUGAAGAGACGGUGCUCAUGACACACUCCACAUCCGUUCAGCGUCUGUUUAGGACCAUUUUCAGAGACAAAUGGCUGCACGAUGCACACGUCAGAUGUCUAGAGGUGUUGUACAGGAACUAGGGGUGAAGAUGCUAUCUUGGUGCAUUGAUGGGGCCGGUCAAGCAUUCUUCUACGAGGUCGUUGCCCCCGUUGAAUCAUCCUGAUCGGGGGACGCUGUAACUAUACCAUGGGCUUGCAGGAAGACUUGGACAAGAUCCGAAAAAUGUACAAUUCAAGAUUCGACUACCGCCCCAGAAGUCAGAUCAUUGCAUUUUAAUUGUGAAGUGUAGCAGCUUCGCUGGAGCCAGGCACACCCAUGAAUCUCCAGUAAAAUGUGCUGAACUUUUCUCCUGGAUAUAAACAGUGGAAAGAGUAGCCAACAUGCCAUGUCAUUAUCCG